AUGUCUUACAAAAUACAGGUAUAUCUAAUCGGGCACACUUGGCACCCCCACUGCGGGAGGGCCUUCCUCCACAUCACCCAGGGGGCCCUGGCCGAGUCCCUCCGCAUCUAUGGGACCCUUUACCUGAUUGCUGCAAUUCUGCGAAAGCGAAAACUUGACUAUUAUUUGCACAAACUCCUCCCUGAAAUCCUGCAAUCAACAUCCUUUCUCACAGCAAAUGGAAGUCUGUAUAUUGCAUUUUUCUGCAUUUUAAGGAGGAUCCUGGGAAAAUUCUAUUUUUGGACUUCUGGGUUUGGUGCUGCUUUACCAGCUUCUUAUGUGGCUAUUCUUAUUGAAAGGAAGAGCAGGAGAGGACUUCUUACCAUUUACAUGGCUAAUUUGGCCACGGAAACUCUGUUCCGCAUGGGAGUUUCAAGAGGAACAAUUACUCCUUUAAGACAUGGAGAGGUUCUUCUGUUCUGCAUUACAGCUGCCCUGUUUAUGUUCUUUUUCAGAUGCAAGGAUGGCUUGAAAGGGUUUACAUUCUCAGCGCUGAAGUUCAUAGUAGGUAAAGAAGAAAUCCCCACACAUUCAUUUGCACCCGAAGCAGCAUAUCUGCAAAAAGAGAGAAAAAGAAGACAUUGUGAAGAAAUAACACAGCGAAUGAAUAUCAUUGCUGCAACGAAGAAAUUCGUGGAUAAAGUAUGCAAACAUGGACCAAGACACAGAUGUUGUAAACACUAUGAAGAUAAUUGUAUCUCCUAUUGUGUUAAAGGCUUCAUUAGGAUGUUUAGUGUUGGUUACUUGAUCCAGUGUUGCCUUCGAAUCCCAUCAGCAUUCCGGCAUCUGUUUACGAAACCUUCCCGGCUGCUCUCCCUCUUCUACAACAAAGAAAAUUUCCAGCUCGGGGCUUUUCUGGGGUCAUUUGUCAGUAUAUACAAAGGUACAAGCUGUUUCCUCCGCUGGGUACGGAAUCUGGACGAUGAACUUCAUGCACUCAUUGCAGGGUCCCUGGCCGGAAUGUCCAUGAUGUUUUACAAAAGUACUACCAUCUCUAUGUACCUGGCUUCAAAACUGGUGGAGGCCAUGUAUUUCAAAGGCAUUGAAGCUGGAAAGGUUCCCUAUUUCCCUCAUGCAGAUAGUGUCAUCUAUGCCAUAUCUACAGCCAUCUGCUUCCAGGCAGCUGUGAUGGAAAUUCAGAACUUGAGACCUUCAUACUGGAAAUUCCUGUUACGGCUCACAAAGGGAAGAUUUGCUCUAAUGAACAGGAAAGCCUUGGAUGUAUUUGGUACAGAAGCAUCUAUGCAUUUCAAGGAUUUCAUACCUAAACUUGACCCAAGGUAUACAGUUUUCCCACCUGAGAUACCUGUUGUGCGGUCUUGGAAAUGAUGUCUUAGCCUGUGAUUAAGUCUGCCAAGCAUCUCCUCCUGAAGAGUUAAUUAGUCUUAAAUAGACUGAAGAAGGCUUGUGUUCUACUUCAGUAUUGUGUCAGUGAAUUAUGUGAUCAUACCAGUCAGAGCACGUUGAAGCACACUGGAGAGAAAGGGCUUUAAUUCCACUAUUCUCCUAGUAGAUGUCUCUGCAUCACUGAAGAUGGUUGACACAUGAUAGAUUUAUAUAUAAAUAUCUAUAUCUAUAUAUAUAUCUCCAUGGAUUAAUAUAUAUAAAAAAUUAAGAAGUACCUGGAGGUGCUUUAAAAUAAAAUAAAAAUCAGUUUAAUUCAUUCUAGUAGAAAACUUUUAGAAAAAUUGUAUUUUUGCAUUUAGUAAAUAAAAGGUACACACCCUUGUAAAAAUACAUUAUAGGUCUUUAGUCUAUAAGAAUUAUUUUAAAAGCUGAUUGUAUUGGGAAAGGUUUUCUCUGUUUUAGAGAGAUGCUUUUCAAAACAAAGAAAGAAGGAAAAUACUAUGAUCACUGGAAAAUAUUUGAAGAGCUAUUAUCUGGUACCUUGUUCAUGACUGCACUGUUUAAAUCCAAUUUUGGUUUUGAAAACUUCAUGCUGAGAGCAACAAGACUUCUCAUAAAUUCAAUUGCCCACCUUUGAUCUGGGUAACAGGUUUUUGGGUACUUAAAGGAAUGGUAGAAAAAGAAAAGACCAUUACAAGUGGGAAUGUAGUACUUUUCAGAUUUUGAAAUGAGUUUCACAAAAUACUAGGUGAUUUUAAGAGCAAAAUUUUUUAAAAUAAACACACAUGAAAGACUUGAGAAAAUGGAUGAUGUCCCUGAACACAGAAUCAAGAUGCUUUUACAAAGUUUCAUACAAUGUUGUCAAUGGCCUUUGAAAAGAAUCAGGAGGCCUGAAGCUUAGCAGAUGAAGCAAAACAGACAUUCGUUAAGAACACUGAUGCUGUUUACUUCUGUAGAUUUCAUUCUUUGCUUUUUUUGGGGGGGUGAGUUUAAAAGAUACAAAAUUCUCAUAUUUACAGUCCAGUAUGUGAAGUUCCCCAAGAUAUCUUGAAGAUCUAAUUUCAUUUCAAAAAUAGACUCAUUACCCCUGGGUACCAACUCUGAUAAGAGGUUCAUCAACAGUCGACAGAAAAGAAUCAUGAAAUAGAACCUGAUGUCAUUUAAGAUGCCAAAAGCUGGGAUAUCUGUCGGUAAAAAUACCAGAAAAGCUUUAGUUCCAAGGUCCAGAUCUUGGUUUUUAACUGCUGUAAGCUAUAUUUUCCCCGACCGUGUACAUAAAUAUAAAUAUAUAGGUAGAUAUAAAAUUAUCUAACAGAAUGAUUUUGUACUCUGAAACAAUGAAAACUGUUGUUUUUUUACAAAACAGUAGCAUAAUACCUGCCUUAUUUAAAACACCCAACGUAAGAGAAAGCUUUUGAAGUGUGUUAUUGGGGUGUUCUUUCCAAGAUGAAUGAAUAGUAAGAAAAAAAGGGGAUGAGUCGAAAAUAUGUUGUUAGUUAUGAAAGUGCAUUGUGUAAAUCUGGUGAUUUUCUUCCAUCAUGUCUACAGAAAGCUUCCCUUUCCUCCUUAAAAAUUAACCAUCAAACUCUAACAUUUUAAAACUAAUAUCCAUCUUGAAGGAAUAUUCUGGUAAAUAUAAAAUGCUUGCUUGCUUAUUUUUGCCUUUUCUGUUGGGAUUAAUAAAGGUAUUAUGCUGCUGUUGCUGUUUGAUUUUUUUU